CAGUGGUUGUGAAACUGUCUGUGAAGUAAAAGAUGGAGCGUGACGAGAGACGAAGACACCUGAGGAAGAGUGACAUCACAGUCCAGGUGGAGAGGGGCGGAGUCACACAGACUCUCAGAGGAGCCCUGAACAGGUCAGCUCAGAGGAGUGGGAGGAAGGUCAGAGGUCACCUGGUGGAGGCGGGGCGGAGCCUGGUGGCGUUUGUCUUCGGGUUGAUGCUGGCGUCUUUCUACGGCGUCAUGACUCUGGUCCUGCAGAAGCAGCCGCUGUGGUUUUGUGUCCACGCCACGUUAGCUGUGGGCGGCCUGGCCGCCUUCGGCAUGGGGCUGUCGGCUUCGGUCCGGGCUGACGUCAUGGUGAUGAUGCCUUCGCUGGGCUCAGCUCAGGGAAGGAAAUUUAUCCUCGUCCUAUUUAUGUCGGUGCUGCUCUCCGGUCCUCUCACCAACACCUUAGAAAACACAGAGCGAGCUGCCUCCAGUCUGCUGUGUGGAGCCGAGCUGGCAGCCAAUCAAACGCAGGAACUGAUGCAGAGGGCGGCCCAACCCCUUUUCUCUGUGUUGGACAAAAUCAGAGAGAUCAGCAGUAACGCUUACGCUGUAGCCGGACGAGUCCAGAACUUCAUCCACGCUCUGACAGACAGCGUCCGCCAUGUUGCUCGUACUCUGAGGAACGUCCUCCACUUCCUGGUGGACAUCGGAGACGCCUGUAACGCCAAGCUGGGCUCUCCGUACAGGAAGUGUCGGGCUGUGUUUGCCGAGGCUCGCAGCGACUGCUCUGACCUCCUCGGAGACUUCGACUUCUUGUGUGAGAUCGUGGACGUCUUCCUUCCCCUCUGUGGCAUCGCUCGCGCUGGAGAGUUCUUCUGCAUCAUCCCCACCUACAUCGCCAGUCACCUGAGGAAACGUCUGGCAGCUCCGUCCAUUGCAGCGUUUGAGAAAAUGAAGCGUGAGUUUGACUUCAACAUCUCGGCCUCUGUGAACUACGACCUGGAGUCGAACAGCAGCCACUCGGUGCAGCAGGUGUCCCAGGACGUCCUGGAGGAGGUUUCAUCAGACCUGCAAGUGUUUCAGAAACUCAGCGAACCGCUGAUGUACGCCGGCCUCCUCCUGCUCGCCGUGUCCUUCCUGAGGGCGGUGCGCUACAGGCGCAAAUAUCUCUACGACAUCGACUUUGACAACGUUUACAUCAGCGCUCAGUUUGCAGAGCUCGACCAUCAGGUGGCUUCAGGGGGCGGAGCCUCAGUCCUGCCAAUCACACGCAGAGAAGCUCAGACCUACAUCACACCAGUCUCGUUUCGGCUGACGACCAAAGAGUGGCGGGCCGUGAUAGCGGGCGUGGCUUCCGUCCUCAGGCACCUUCUGAUUGGCUGCCUGCUGGUGGCGCUGGACUUCCUGGUGUUCUGGAUUCUGGACCAGGUGCACCACCAGGUGAAGGGGGACGUCGUGGCCCGAGCUCCGGUCCGACUGGCGGUCCAGGUGAACGGAUCAGGUUACACCUCCGACAUCUUCAGGGACCUGGUGUCGUCCUUCGACGUCCUGCAGGGAGGAAACGUGACGGUGGUCAGCAGGAAGUGUCUCGUGGAGCCGUCAGAACCGGACUACGCCACGGUUUUCAUCCUCGGGUUCCUGUUGGGUCUGGCUCUGCUCGUGUCUCUGACCGGAGGAUUGAUGCAACGAUGCAGACGACUCAUCUGUGCCUCAUAUCACCCAGAGAGAGAGCUGGAGAGACUCUGGUUCCUCCGGCAGAAGAUCAUAGACGAGAGGAGGACGAUGGGACGAGUCCUCAGGAGGUUUGUGGGCAGGAGCAGAGGAGGAGGAGGAGGAGCAGGAGGAGGAAGAGGAGCAGGAGGAGGAGGAGGGGGAGGAGGAGGAGCAGGGGGAGGAGGAGCAGGAGGCCGACUUCAUCGUCUACUCAUACGGAUACCUGGAGGAGGUCACCUGACUCACCUGCUGGGCGUCACGCCCCCCAACACACGCCUGGUCUGUGGAGGCGAGCUGAGGACAGAGGACGACACCGUCCCACGUCACGUCCCACGAUGUCCAGGACUCCACUGUCCAACGCGCUUCAACAGUUUGGGAAACACAUGUGUCACCUGCAACCGACCUCCGACCUUCCAGGAAGAAGAGGAGGAGGAGGAGGAAGAGGAGGAGGAGGAGGAGCUGGAGCUGUGA